CAGGGAAAGAGAACGGGCAGAAUAAGAGAAGCGGGGCGGAGGAGGGCUUUCCGCAACCGCUUGUUCACGGAGUGAAGGAAGCUGAAAGUUGGAGGCAGACCUGGGGGCAAAGAUCUUUGCGUUAAAGUGAAUGGAACAGGUACAGGGACAGAUGCUGGGAAGCUAGUACUCAGCUGGUGGGGACUAGCCAAUGGAGAUCCAGCUAGUAACAGUGAAGGAAGAGAUCGGAUCAGUUCUACCCACCCUGUGUCCCCUGUGCCAGGAAGAACUGCCAGCCCUUGCUGGGCCCCACGAACAAGUUCCCCAAUGCCAGGGGUGCAGAAACCUCCUUUUAGAGCCUCAGGGCUGGUUGUCCAGCAGUAUCGAGGCUUUGGUCCUCCCAGCUGAGAGGCCCUUCUGCUGCUCUUUCUGCCCCAAACGUUUCAAGAGGGCUUCAGACCGGCGUGAUCAUGAACGGGUGCAUACCGGUGAAAGACCGUACGAAUGUGGCAUCUGCGGCAAGCGCUUCACUCAGAGCUCUGUGCUGUCUGGCCACAUGCGCAUUCACACCGGCGAACGGCCUUUCCACUGCUGCAUCUGCUUUAAAUCUUUCAAUAAUGGCUCAAACUUCCGCAAGCACCAACGCAUUCAUGGCCCACUGUUUGGUUAUGGUGAAAGGAGAGUUGAUGGGAAGGACUGGGAUUCCCUGUCUGGAAAAAAACCGGACCAACCGAAAGAAGAGAAGGAUGGCAGAAGUUUAAGCCCUGCCCUUCUGUUGAAGCAAAACGGCUGUCAGACCAUCAAAGAGUUGAGAGAAGGGGAGAAUAAGGCAGAGCAAAACCUUAAUGGGAGGCAAAAUUGCUUUUGCAAUAAUAGACUAAGUCAAGAGGUUUACUGCAAUAGCAGCCAGAGACAACCAGGUGGUAGGAUGGAUAACUUCAAAAGAAUGGGACUAAGACAGGAUGAUGCCAGUCCUGGUAUUAAUCUUGCUAUAAGGCAGGGCAGUGAAGCCAGUCUCAAUGUAGAAGCUCUGAAGCAGGCAAGUGAUAGCAAAGGGCAUGCUGGGGAACUAGGGGGAAACAGCAGUUGCAGCUACAGCCAAGAAGCCAUUCCAGAUGGCCACAGCUUCAAACAACUGCAAGAUGCAAGCCCUGAAAAUCAUACAGAAGACUCAAGGCAAAACGGAGCAGGAGGAAGCCACAUUCAGGAAGAACAGAAGCAAUGGGUUGACAGCUGCAAUGGUAAGUUACAGCUGGACAGCAGCAGCUGUGGAAAAGGCCUCUUGCCACCUCGGGACAAAAGGGGCGCUGCUCACAAGCUGGAUCGAGAGAGCUCUGAUAGAGGCUUUGUCACAAGCAGGCCAAAUGGCCUCAGAGGGCUCAAGCAGAACAGAGGGGGAAGCGUAGGUGCAGAGAUGAGGCAGAAUGGCAGAGGGGAAAGCCAUGCCAGGGGACUGAAUCGAAAUGAAAAUACCCACAUUUCAGAGCCAGCACAAAACAAUGGCCCUGGAGCUGCUCUUGGAGAAAGAGAGCUGGCACAGGAUGGUAGCACCCACGGGGACUUCCAAAUGCACGCUCCAGAAAAGUUGAACGUUCUCACAGUGAAACUGCCCACCUGGCCCCGUCCAGACAAAGACAUUAUAGCCUGGGAAGAAACUGAUGAAUCUGAAGGCUGUUCUCCCAGUCUGAAGGCUAGAUCACCUUGCCAACUGGCGAAUCCUGAUCCAUGUUCUAUACCGUACAAUGUUUCUGGAUCUCGCAGGCACCACUCUUUGCAGGAUCAGCUUGGAAGCCCUGCUCAGCGUAGGAAAGAGGAGAGCCCUACCUCCUGCUUUCUUUUCCGAGAUCCUGGCCCCUGCGAUGGACGCGCCCAGUCUGCCCUUGAAUCCAAGCCGUUUCUCUGCUUUGCCUGCCCUAAACAGUUCCGCCGUGCCACAGACCUGAAGGAGCAUCUGCGAGUGCACACAGGGGAAAGGCCCUUUGGCUGCAGUGUUUGUGGCAAGCGAUUCACUCAGAGCUCAGCCUUAGCUACUCACCGGAGACUGCACACCGGAGAGAAGCCCUUUGAAUGUGCUGUCUGUUGCCGACGGUUCAAUAACUCCUCUAACUUUGCCAAGCAUCGUCGACUCCAUGGGCAGGACGGUGUAGGGCGUAGGAAUAAAGGAGUGGAAAAAGAACUUGGGAGUGUCAAACCACAUUGAUUUUGUUUUUAAGCAGGAAUUCUUAUGCUGGAAGGUAGAACGCAAUAACCAAGGAUGAAACAUACUACUACAGUACUGAGUGCUGAAUUCAGUACCCUUGUUUAUUUUUAGUAAACAACUUUCUAGAUAAUGCAGUGCCUCCAGAUGUUUUGAAAUUCAAUGCCUGUCAACUCCAAUCAUGUUUAUAGUGGGGAAUUGUACCCCAAAUCAUUGGAAAGCACCAAGUUGCGCAUCUCUGCCCCAACAGCUUACAGUUCCAGUGGAAUGUCAGCUGGGAUCUGGCAUUUCGUAGGCAAGUCAGAGUUGCAUGCUGCUUUUCUUGACUUGCUGAUUCUUGACAACAGCAAACCAGACACUGGAGACCUCAAUCAAACUAUGGUUUCUAAUUCCAGAUUGUGAAUAACCAUGGAAACCUAAAAUGCAAAGGCAGGAAGGAAUAUGCAAAUCUGUGAUACAUUUAGAUAACCCCAUCCUGGGUUUGGCACUAUGCUUGAACUGCAUUUCAGGGAUCUGAUUCCUGUUAAUGUUUGGAACUGUCUAGACAUAAAAUCGGUGUUUUGGUUUGGCAUUAUAUUAAAACCAAGCCAAUGAACAGGAGCCUUAAGUGCAUACUAAUGCCUGGUGCAAUUUUUAAAGUGAGGGCAGGGAAUAGAAAGAAGACUGGUUGGAUUUGGGAAAUGACUGUGCCCAUCUUACUGGCUCAAUGGACUGUGUGUACUCAGCCACUGUGGUUAAGGCAAGUUGCUGUGCAAACUCACCCAACCUGGUUAAAUUAGUAAAUCAUGGUUGUUAACCAUAAGCUAGCAUGCUAUGUGAACAGAGCCAGUGCUUUGGUCAGGUGUCUGUGGUUUCCCAUUACUAGAAAAAAAUGUUAUACAAACUAAUUGAGUUACCCACAAGUUUACUUAAUAAGAUACCUGGGAAAUGGGUAGUUUGGGUUGAAGUUCUGUACUUACUAGCCUGGGCACAAGUUCCAUGGAAUCAAAUUAGCCUUACUCCUGACUCUAUAUUUUAUGUUGGUAUAGGAUAUAAUUUUGCAAUACAUGGCCCUUCAUGUAGCUGUUACAACCCACACAUUUUUAUUAUGACUGUAUUUUCGACUGGGUAUAAAAUUAUUGUAAAAAUAUAUGUGGCAAAAGAUUUAAGUAAAUAAAAACAACACAAUUUCUUACAUUAUGCCAGUGAAGUAAACUGGUUGUGUGUGUGUAUAUGU